AUCUGACAUGCAUAAAGGUAUAAUUAGUGCCGCUAAACGGAUCUUCCCUCAUGCUAGGCAUGACUAUUGUGUUGAGCACUUGCGUCGUAAUAUGGUCCCCAAAUUUAAGGGAAAUGCCACUGAUUUAGGUUGGGAAUUCAAGGCUGCAUAUAUAAGGCUGCAAAAAUCAAGGAAUUUGAGGAAUAUAUGGCCUUGUUGGAUUCUCAAGAUGUUCGUAUACGCCCUUGGCUUGAAAAAAUCGGUACUCACAAAUGGGCAAAGUGUAUGUAUGGUCCAAGCCGUUAUGAUGUGAUGACUUCAAAUUGCGCCGAAUCAAUGAACAACGUCAAUGCUCCUGCCAGGGAGUAUUGUAUUGCCAAGGUUAUUGACUUUAUUAGGGAAAGGAUGCAAAAGUGGUUUGUUGAAAGAAAGGAAAUCGCUGAAAACACUCAAACUAUUUUGACAAACAAACGGGAGAAGCAUCUGGUUGAUCUUCAAAGCCAAUCUGCUAAGUUGAAGGUGAAGCCCACAUCAUAUUUUGAGUUUGAAGUUGUUGAUAGGCAUUGUCGCUCCUUUGUAGGGGAUCUUCAAACUCGAACAUGCACGUGUGGAGAGUUUCAACUCAAUCAUUUUGUCUGCAUUCAUGCGGUUGCUGCUAUCGGUCUCCGCCCUCGUGAAUCGUGUUAUGAUUAUAUUUCCCCAUAUUACACACGAGAUUAUUGGCUUUCUACAUGGAGUGGUGUUAUGCACCCUAUUUGUGAUAGAGAAUCUUGGUCGGUGCCUUCUAAUGUAUCCAAUAUUCGAUGUAAGCCUCCAACCUGUUUGAAAAGACCACUUGGUCAUCCCAAGAAGUCAAGAACACCUUCUAUUGGUGAGCAUCGUGGAGGAAACGGCAAAAAUGUUCUCGGUGCAACAUACUUGGUCAUAAUAAGAAGACUUGUCACAAUCCUAUUCCAG